AUGGCGCCGACUAGAAGCAAAGCCGACGAUGACUUUGUUCUUACACUGUCUGACGAUGAAAGGCUGAUUGAAGAGAAUGAAGAAACAGCAGACGCCGCCCAAUCCACAAACUCGACGAGCAAAAAACGUAAACGGGAGCAAACCGACGCUGCGAUUAAGCAAGAAAGGCAGAAAAAAUCUAAAAAGACUGCGGCCAACAUAACUGAGCUGUUAGAUGGCGAUAAUGAUGAGGAUGAUGACGACGGUGCACUAGAUGAUACGAAAGAUGAUGGCGCACUAGAUCCAGCCUUUGAGUUUGACAUUGGCGGAAAUGCAGCGCAGAAUAUAUUAGAAGAUUUCGACGGCUGGGGGUUGGAUGAGACGAAGAGAAACGCGAAUGGGAAUAAAAAGGCGGUUGAUAUUGAUGAUAUCAUUGCUAGGCGGAAGCUUCGAAAGGAUGAUGAGGAUCAGAGAAGGAAGAAGAAAGAGGCAAAGAGGCAGGAGAAUGAUUUUGAGGGGUUUGAGAGUGAUGGUGAUGUUGAAGAGGACGCAGGAGACGAGGAUGACGAGGAUAUGGCUAAGAUCCCGGAUUUUGAGGAUGAUGAGUUGUUGGCUGCUGAUGGGUUUGGUAUGGGGGUUAAUGGCGAAGAGGUGGAAGAGGAUGACGAGGCUGAGGAUGCUGAAGACGACGAGGCAGACGGAGACGAAGAUGGAGGUGCAAACUCCGAUUCAGAAGGAUCCGUCGCAGCUCCUGUCGCUCAUCCGGACGAUAUGGUAUUAGACCAAGAAUCCGAGUCUGAAAGCGAGAACGACGAAGAGCUAGAGAAAAGAAAGGCCUUCUUUGCACCUGAAGAAUCCAGUUCAAACAAUGCAGCAGACGAUUCUGCGAACGGCUCCUUUCAAAACUACAAUCUUUCUCGUCCCAUUCUUCGUGGUCUGGCCGCCGUUGGCUUCACGAUUCCGACACCAAUCCAGCGCAAAACCAUCCCUGUAGCUCUUUUGGGCAAGGACGUUGUUGGUGGUGCUGUGACUGGAUCAGGUAAAACCGGCGCUUUUCUUAUACCUAUUCUGGAACGUCUACUCUACCGGCCACGCAAAGUUCCUACAAGCCGCGUUGUCAUUCUAAUGCCCACCCGUGAACUUGCGGUUCAGUGUUAUAAUGUCGCUACCAAACUUGCUACCUAUACUGAUAUCACAUUCUGUCAACUCAUUGGUGGCUUCAGUCUUCGAGAACAAGAGAACAUCUUGAAAAAACGACCUGAUAUUAUCAUUGCCACCCCCGGUCGUUUCAUUGACCAUAUGAGAAACUCUGCUAGCUUUACCGUCGAUACACUCGAAAUCCUUGUUCUUGACGAAGCUGAUCGGAUGCUAGAAGAUGGAUUCGCGGAUGAAUUAAACGAGAUCUUGACCACGAUUCCUAAAUCUCGUCAAACUAUGCUCUUUUCUGCGACCAUGACGAGCUCAGUUGACAAGCUGAUUCGAGUGGGCCUGAACCGGCCCGUGCGGCUGAUGGUUGACUCGAAGAAGCAAACUGUAGGAACUCUUGUUCAGGAGUUUGUCCGUCUGCGACCAGGUCGUGAGGAUAAGAGGCUUGCCUCGCUCGUCCAUCUCUGCCAGGAGGCAUACACAUCGCGGGUCAUUAUCUUCUUCCGUCAGAAAAAAGAGGCCCACCGAGUUCGGGUUAUAUUUGGUCUAUUUGGACUGAAGGCAGCCGAGUUGCAUGGUAGCAUGAGCCAAGAGCAGCGUAUCAAAAGCGUAGAGGAUUUCCGUGACGGGCGCGUGGCCUUCUUACUAGCAACCGAUGUUGCUUCUCGUGGUCUUGACAUCAAAGGAGUCGAAACCGUCAUCAACUACGAAGCCCCGCAAACGCACGAAAUCUACCUGCAUCGUGUCGGUCGUACUGCGCGUGCAGGUCGAUCCGGUCGAGCAUGCACAUUAGCAGCCGAGCCGGAUCGCAAAGUCGUCCGAGCGGCCGUGAAGACGGGCAAAACUCAAGGUGCCAAGAUUAUCAGCCGCGUCAUAGAGUCUAACAUUGUGGAUCAAUUGGCCGAGCAAAUCGAGGGUUUCGCAGACGAAAUCCAGGAGAUUCUCCGCGAGGAGAAAGAGGAGAAACAGCUCGCGCAAGUCGAAAUGCAGACCGCCAAGGGAGAAAAUAUGCUCAAACAUGAGUCCGAGAUCAUGUCGCGACCGAAACGGACGUGGUUUGAGACUGAGAAGCAAAAGCAGGAUGCUCGGAAGAGGGGGCUGUUGGAGCUCAACGGGUCUGACUCGGCAAAGAAGGAGAAGCGGAAGCUGAGUGGGAAAGAGAAGAAGCGGUUGGAUGAUACCCGUGAUCGAAAGGAGGGCAAAGUAUGGAAGAAGGGAAAGAAGGAGCGAGAGGACCAGAACAAGAGAAGACCCAAGUCUGAUAAGAAAAAGCAGGGCAAAAGUAAACCAAAGGGUCGGAAGUGA